GAGUCCUGAUUCACUAACAGUAGUAAGAAUACCACCCAAUAUAUAUACCCAGAUACUUUGAUAGUAAAGUAUGUCAUUCCUAAACACUAUACGAGGCUUAGGCAGAAGCUCAAAGAAAACUAAAAAGGAUAUCGAUCCUCUGUCCCCAUUAUAUUCAAUCCCCAAUAGUUCGUCAGGUCUGUUACGAAAUCCUCAUUCGCCUAAUAAAGGGUCACCGUCUAAGCAACGAAGUAGUCAAAUACAACAACUGCAACUGCAACAACUGCAACAACAACAACUCAGUCAGUCUCCAACAAGAAGAAACCAUCGCACAUCACAACUGUCCAAUAGACUGCUGCCUCAACGACAACAUUAUCAGCAACAUCAUCAUCAUCAUCAUCAACAACAAGAUAAUGAUGAAAUAGUAGAUGAAGAUGAAAUUCCAUUAUUUUUAUGUGAUCCAUUUGUUAAAACUGCCUUAGUAAAAGGAUCAUUUAAAACUAUAGUUCAAUUACCAAAAUAUGUGGAUGUAGGUGAAUGGUUAGCAUUAAAUAUAUUUGAAUUAUUUAAUAAUUUAAAUCAAUUUUAUGGAGUUAUAUCAGAAUAUGUAACUCCAGAAGCUUAUCCAACUAUGAAUGCUGGACCUCAUACAAAUUAUUUAUGGGUUGAUGGUAAUGGACAAACAGUAAAUUUACCAGCCAGUCAUUAUAUUGAAUAUGUUAUAACUUGGAUAUCAAGUAAAAUAAAUGAUCAAUCAGUAUUUCCAACCAAAAGUGGAGGAGCAUUCCCACCAAAUUUUUUAAAAGAUUGUAAAAAUAUUUCAAGACAAAUGUUUAGAAUAUUUGCUCAUAUAUAUUAUCAACAUUUUGAUAAAAUUGUUCAUUUAUCACUAGAAGCUCAUUGGAAUUCAUUCUUUGCUCAUUUUAUUAGUUUUGUUAAAGAAUUUAAUUUAAUCGCUAAAAAUGAGUUAACUCCUUUAUUACCAUUACUUGAAAAUUUAGAACAACAAGGUAAGAUAGCUUAGAAUUAUAUUAUAUAAGUUUUAAAUUAUAUAUAUAAAUUAUAAAUCCUACUUUUUAAAUUGUAAAUAUAAAUUGUAAAUUUUACUUUUUA